AUGAAGUUUAAUAAAGUAUUUUUAACUACUUCACUAGCUACUUUUGCAUCAGCACAAAAUUUGUAUGACCAACCAAAUAUUGUUCGUUCUUCAGCUGCUGUCUAUGCAAAUGUCUCUUCUGAUGCAAUUGUGUCUUCUCCAGUCAUCUCUUCUAGCCCAAUCAUUUCUGCUCCAGUCAUCUCUUCUAGCCCAAUCAUUUCUGCUCCAGUCAUCUCUUCUAGCCCAAUCAUUUCUGCCCCAGUCAUCUCUUCUAGUGUAAUUGUUUCUGCCCCAGUCAUCUCUGCCCCAGUCAUCUCCACUGGUCCAAACAUCACUACUCCAGUUUCCAAUAAUAGUACUAUUUGUGAUACUCCAGGUGCAUCUGUUUGUCCAGGCAUCUCUACUCCAGCCUCCUAUAUUGAUUCGGUUUGUAAUACACCAGGUGUAUCUUCUGAUUUUAUUUGCUCCUAUCCAAAUGGAACAACACCUAUUGUAUCAAUCACCACCCCUAUAACCUAUAUCUAUCCAGUACACAAUAGAACUUUGACCGAAUACACCACUGAGACUGAAAUUGUCACUGCUUUUACCACAUACUGUCCAGAACCAACCACCAUUAUCACCAAUGGUGUAACAAUCACUGUCAGUGAAGCAACCACAAUUACCAUCACAGAUUGUCCUUGUAUUUUAACUAGAACCAUUCCAAUCCACAUUACUACUACUACUGAAGUUGUUACUGCUUUUACCACAUACUGUCCAGAACCAACCACCAUUAUCACCAAUGGUAAGACAAUCACUGUCGACAAACCAACUACAAUUACUAUCACCGAUUGCCCUUGUACUUUAACCAAGACUAUUCCACUUCAUGUUACCACUGAAACCAAGGGUAAGACAGAAACUACCUGUGAAACUCUUUGCCCAACAACUGAGGUCCCAGGUGUAACCCACACUCCAUCUAAACCAUCUUGUACUACUUGCAAUACAAUUACUCAUACCAAAGCAACUGUCACUUUAAGUACCAGCACUAAGUCUGGCGUUACAAAACCAACAGUAGAAGUUGCUCCAAAUGGUGCCAUUGGAUUAACACCAUCUUUAAUGGGUAUGGUUGUUGCUGGUAUUAUGUUAUUAUAA